AUGGGCCAGCUAGAAAGUCCAUCCUCUAGUGAGGGAAAGGUCAUCACCAAGGAAGAGGCAUGCAAUGUUACCGUAUCCGACCAACGCCUUCUGGACCUGGGGUAUAGACCUGAAUUCCGCCGCGAGAUGUCUCUCUUCGGAGUGCUUGGGAUAUCAUUCUGUUCCAUCGGCAUUCUAAACGGAAUGAGCAGCGCUCUUCAGACGGGGUUGUUCUCUGGAGGUCCCCUGGGUCUGUUUUGGGGAUGGAAUAUUUGCAGUUUAUUCAUGCUUCUGAUCGCAUUCAGCUUUGCAGAGAUUUGCAGCGCAUACCCAACAAUGGGAGGACUCUACUUCUGGGUUUGCAAGAUGAAACCAGACGUGCCUAUCCUUGGCUUCUUUACUGGUUGGCUUUAUUCUAUGGCGAUGGUAUUCACUGGUGUUUCCGCUAAUUUGAGUGCCGCUCUGUACCUUUCGUCCAUGGCAGAGGUUGGGCGAGGAAGAAGUCUAACGAGACUAGAAAUCGCUGCGAUCGCAUGGGCCGUAAACAUAUUCUCUGGCAUAAUCAAUACUAUUGGAACGAAGGCCAUAGGACACAUGAGCACAUUAUUUGUUUGGUGGACGCUCGGGGGCACAGUUUGUUUAGUCACCACACUGCUUGUGAAAGCACCCAAGAUGAACUCUGUUGACUUCGUGUUUACUAAUGUUCAAAACUUCACCGGCUGGCAAUCCCAAGGCUUUGUCGUGCUUCUUGGGUUUCUUCAGGCUGUAUACACGCUCGAGGGGUGCGAAACAGCAGCUCAAGUAGCGGAAGAAGCUGUACGGGCAGAGAUCCUGGCUCCGCUCGCUGUAGUAGGCAGCAUCGCAGGUUCUUGGUUGAUCGGCCUCGCCUACUUGCUUGCACUUCUUUUCGCAGUCCAGGAUAUCUCUUCCGUUCAGGCCACCACGUUUGCCAUCCCGAUUGCUCAACUCUUCUACGAUGCAGUCGGGCCCCGAUUGUCACAAAUGUGCCUGGUUGUGAUAAUGGUUUCUCAAGUGAUGGCUGCAAUCACAACGUUUACUGCAAGUUCGAGACUGUUCUAUGCGCUCGCAAGAGAUAAUGCAUUCCCAUUGAAAAAACAAUUCAUGACCUUGAACCGAUUCCAAGCACCAUAUUGGGGUGUCUGGAGUAGCGUCUUGAUAGGAUGCAUCCUAUCAUGCGCUUACAUCGGGUCCGCGAUUGCAUUCAACGCCAUCUUAUCCUCGGCAGCCAUAUCGGUGAUGUUGAGCUACAUGCAACCCAUCAUUAUUCGCGUGUUCUGGCCUGACUCCAUCGAGGACUUUGGACCUUUCCGCCUCGGAAAAUGGUCGUGGCCAGUGAACUUGGCCAGUCUUCUGUUCACCAUUUUCGUCUGUGUUUUAUUCAUCCUGCCUACGGCAUACCCAGUGAACGUCUUCAACAUGAACUACGCAAUUGUUGCUGUGGGCGGUCUUCUGGUCGUGAUCACGAUCAACUGGUUUUGGUGGGGAAGGCAUAGCUUUAAAGGCCUUGUUAAAACGGCCAUGCCUCGACAUUGA